AUGGCGGGAUGGCUCGCAGCCCACGCGGCAGCAAUGAACGCCACGAACUACACAAACACCUACGCGCGCUGCGUGUUCCAGAAGGUGCGGCGGACGUCGUGCGCGCACAAGUCGCGGAACUCCGAUCACCUCUUCAAGGGCAGGCCGACGGCGUCGCGGGCCGAGGCCUUCGCCCUCUGCGACGCGGACGCCGAGUGCGACGCCGUGCAGCAGUACGGCGACGAGGCGCUGAUCAAGGAGGAGAGGGACGACUGGGCCGAGGCCUGCGGCGCCGAUACUUGUUACAUGAAGUGCAAGGACCUCGGGAAGGAUGGGUGUGGUAGGACGCGGCUCGUGGGGUCGGGGUAUGGCGGCGACCGACGACUCGCCGACGAGGUCCUGCUGGACGACGCCGAGGUCCCGUGGGACGACGACGGCGGUCGCCGGUUGUACGGCGGCGGCGGCGGCGACGACUACGAGAGCCCGGCCCAGCACGUCUACACGUGCCGGCCCCACGACGACGUCGGCGGCAUGCGGUCGCCCGCGGCGUUCUGGCUCUGCCUCGUCGCCGUGUUUUGCUCCGCAGUGCUCGGCUGGGCUUCUACAAAGAUUCUGCGCAAGCGCUUGGACCCGUCCGGGACCGCAGGGUCGCGCUUCGGCUGGUCCCUCUGCGCUUGGCUUCUGGGUUGUUUGCUCGUGACCAUCGGCUUCGCGCUCUGGGCGUCGCACUUCGGGCCGAUCGGGAAGUUCUCGAAGGGCGGGUGCGACGAACGGCUGGUCGGCGCCGCGGCCGGCGUCCACGGCGCCGCGGCGUUUCUCCUCGUCGCGGCGGCGGUGGGCCUGGUCGCGCACAAAUACGGACCGCAGGACGACGCGGGCGGCGCCAAGGUCGCGCCGGCGGCGCAGCAGUACGAUGCCGCUCGUUUAUUGCAAGCGAACCACCGGGGAAGAGCGUCUCGAAGGGCCCACCCGAACGUGGCGCCGGUGACGUACGCGGCGACGGUCGUACCGCAACAGCAGACCAUAGCGGUCACCAUCCCGCCCGGUACUGGACCGGGUUCCGUGCUCAGUUGCCCGCUGCCGGACGGCCGCACGGUCCAAGUGACCGUCCCGCCCGGCAGCGCCCCGGGCGCCGUAAUUCAGGUGGCGGUGCCGCCGUGUUUAUAA